AUGGCUGGCCUUCCAAUCUUGGAUCCAACAAAAGGAAUCCGGAACCUGAGCCAGCCAUUAUCAUUUACACAGGAGAAGAAGCAGAAGCUGGAGCGGGAGCAGGAGCAGCAGCCUGCGCCAAGCCUCCCCGAGGGCGCCCUCGUCGAGAUCCUUUCGCGAGUGCCCUACAGGUCCCUCUGCCGCUUCAAGUGCGUGUCCAAGCCGUGGCUCGCCCUCUGCUCCGCCCCGGACAUCCGCAAGAGGUCGCCACAGACUCUUUCGGGCUUCUUUUACUAUCACGACGAUGGCCUCAAUUUCCGAAAUUUGAAUGGGAGAGGUCCGCCUCUUGUCGACCCGUCUCUCUCUUUCUUGCGCGAAAGGUACUGCCACAUUUUUGUCAAACACGCCUGCGGCGGCCUUCUCCUCUGCUGCUGCUCGAAUAAUCUGCUAGGCGAAGCCUAUUAUGUUGUCUGCAAUCCUGCGACCGAGGAGUGGACUGUGCUGCCUCCUGUCGGAUUUCCAGGUCCUGAUCCAAUCGCUUUCUUAGGUUUUGACCCUGCUGUUCCAUCCCGCUUUGUGGUGUUUGCGCCCCAGCCCAAUAUGUUUGGUGUGGACCGUUCCGGACAAGUGGCAAUCUACUCGUCAGAAACUGGACGGUGGACUCAUGUGCAAAGUAAGUGGACAAGAGAGCCUCUCGUGGAUCAUGGUAGAGACACACAUGUCUUCCUUAAUGGCACUAUCCAUCUGCCUUCCAUUGAUAACAUAAUGGCCACAAUCGACGUGGAGGGGGAAGUUUGGAGGGAGAUUCAAAUGCCAAAUGACUUGCCAAACAUCUGUGAUGUUGGGCAGUCUCAAGGACGCUUGUAUGCGUGGAAGACAGAUAAUUUUUAUGAUUGCCAACUCUAUAUUUGGGUCCUUGAGGAUUAUGAUACUGGAAAGUGGACCCUAAAGCACACCUUUAAGGUUUUAGAGUUGUUUGGAAGGAAUUGCCGUAAACAUGGAGAUUCUUAUGCGAUGUUUGCAAUUCAUCCGGAUUGCAACAUGAUUUUUCUUACCGACAAGAAGAACAUGACAUUGUCGUAUGACAUGGAUAAUCAAAAAGUGCAUGUUAUCUGCACCGAAGGCAUGAAUGGUUUGCCUUAUACUCCCUGUUUUGCGGAAUUGCCCUCAGCUGGUCACUGAGAUCCAGUGCUACAUCACGUGCUCAGCAUGGAACAACACCUUUUGCGGAAAUUAGCGGUUGACAUGGGCCUACUCUCCUAAUUUCCUGGCAUUGCGUGGAGAAGUCCCAACUCCUAUGUCUACAGUCUUGAGUUCGGUGCAUGCCGUUGUUGCUUUGAACAAUGUUGUUAGCCAAACUUUGUAAGGGUGAGUGUACUAGUUAGUUGUAAGAAUCCACCUAGCCAUUUCAUCCAUUUGCUGUCAUGUAGCACUAGUUAUUGUGGCCAGUCGUUUGGGCCUGAUGUGGCUAAUAUAAGUCAUUGA